CGCAUCUAUAAAAGCAGCAACUAAUGAUUUCCAUAUUCAUUUCGUAUACUUAGCACACAAAAGUUGUCAUGUGGCCUAAAGUCACGCUAGCCGCACUGGUAUUUGUUAUUGUUGUACUAGUUACCGUUAGGGCGCAAAAUGAUGGUCGCUACCGCGCCCCAAUAGUACCUGCUCGUUCUCGUCCCACCGCCAAUGCCAGAGGUAGUGGUUCCAGUGACGGUCGCUAUCGCCCUAGUGGCGAUGGACGCUACCGAGGUGGCAAUGAUGGCAAAUAUGUUCAUGUAGAUAAUCCAUAUGUGCACGACGAUCGGACCGGUGGGCAGUACGAAGGAGGUAAGGACAGUUUUGGACCCGGGGGACCCGGCGGAGGUGGAGCGGGUGCGUCUGGUGGAGCGGGCGGUGCGGGUAGCGGUGCGAGUAGCGGUGUGAGUAGCGGUGCUAGUGGUGGAGCUAGUGGUGGAGCAAAUGGCGCAGGGUUAACAGCCGUAACAACUACACCAAGACCUGUGCCCAAACCGGCUGUUGUGGAUAUAGCAGCAACAUUACCAAAGGGUAAGGGAACUGGUGAGGGAGGUAACGGCUGGCGCAUCCUACAACUCUUCGAUAAAGAAGAACAAGACGGCUACCAUUAUAUAUAUGAAACGGAAAAUGGCAUUUUGGCGGAGGAAAAUGGACGCAUCGAAAAAUUAGCGCCGGAAGCCGAUGGCUUGCGUUCUUCCGGUUUUUAUGAGUACACAGGCGAUGAUGGCGUGCUCUACCGUGUCGAUUAUGUGGCUGAUGAUAACGGUUUCAUACCAAAAGGUGCACAUUUGCCCACUCCACCGCCGUACGUGGCUAAAUUGUUGGCAUACUUGGCAGCAAAUGCUAAGGAGUAGUGUAUUAUUGUAUUUAAUUUUAUUUUACAUUCAGAAGUAUAAAUGUUAGCAUUUUAUUUAAAUAAAAUAAGAAAUUCAAAUAAA